AUGCGUCUUCCACGCCUCCUCUCCGCCCUGAUCUCCCUUCUGACCCUCACCGCGGCGCCUCUCGUCUCGGCCUUUACGAACCCCAUCCGCCGGCCCGGCGGUGCGGACCCUUUUCUCACGUACUCGGGCGACGGGUACUACUACCUCCUGUCAACAACGUGGUCGACGGUCGAGAUCGCGCGCUCAACGACCAUCGAGGGCCUCAAGACGGCGGCCAAGAAGGUUGUGUAUUCCUCGGGGGAUGCCUCGCGGUGCUGUAAUGUCUGGGCGCCCGAGGUGCACUGGCUAGGCAACCGGUGGUACAUUUACUUCACGGCCGGCGGGAGCGCGAACCUGGACAACCAGAGAUUGCAUGUUCUGAGAGGCGGCACGACCCCAUGGGACUCGUACACCUACGUCGGCCGCAUCGGCCCCGACGAGUGGGCCAUUGACGCCUCGGUCCUGCGCACCCCGCAGCACGGCGAGUUCCUCAUGUACUCGUGCUUCCACGGCGCCGCGUACCAGUCCAUCUGUAUCCAGAAGCUCAACGCCGACUACGUCUCGACCUCGGGCGCCGUCUCGCUCAUCUCGCAGCCCACGCAGGCCUGGGAGCGCGUCGCGCACCCCGUCAACGAGGGGCCCGCGGCGCUCUACUUUGGCGGCAAGACGUACAUCGCCUACAGCGCGAGCUACUGCUGGUCCGCGAGCUACUGCCUGGGCCUGCUGACGUGGGAUGGGAGCAGGGUGCCGACGGACGCGGCCGCGUGGACAAAGGGGGAUAAGUGCGUGCUCGGCAGCGGCAACGGGCAUUAUGGGACGGGGCACAAUAGCUUCUUCAGCAGUCCUGCCGGGGACCAGACGUGGAUUGCGUACCAUGCCACGAGUAAUAGUGCGGGCGCGUGCGAUGAUAGCCGGUACACGAUGGUGCAGCUGUUGGGCACGCAUAGUAACGGGGCGCCGAACUUCGGGUCGCCGGUUGCGUUUAGUUACGUUUAUAGUGAGCCGCAUAAAUAG